AAACGUAAACAGAAGUCUCUUUGCUUUCUCAAAAAUAAAUAUGCAAUAUUUAUUUUCAUUUUCUCAGCGUCUCUUUGCUUUCUCAAAAUCGAUUUUCUCCAUUUACAUUUUUGCUCUCUUUCUAUCAUCAAUCAAUCCGUCAAUCGCUCAGCUAAUAAAUUCUUCAGUCUGUGGAUUCGAAAAGAGGAAGAAGGAAGAAGCCCACCAUUAGAGAGCUGAAGCUCGAACUGCGAAGAUAUGGCUGUGAGAUCGCUUCUGACCCUUCUUUCCCUGACCGCCGUGUCCUUAUCAGUAGUCCUGCCGACGGCGCGUGGAAAUUCGGAAAGUUACGCGCUCUACGCGCUUCGCCGGAGCUUAUCCGACCCGGAUAACGUGCUCCAGAGCUGGAAUCUGAACCUCGUGAACCCCUGCACCUGGUUCCACAUCACCUGCAACCAGGAGAACCGCGUAACUCGCGUGGAGCUUUACAAAAAUAACAUUCAAGGUUCUAUUCCUGCUGAGUUUGGUAACUUAAAGAACUUAAUAAGUUUGGACCUAUAUAACAACAAUCUCACAGGAACAAUACCUCCUUCAUUGGGGAAGUUGAAAUCUCUCGUUUUCCUACGUGUAAAUGAUAAUAAUCUCCACGGACCAAUUCCAAGGCCUUUAACCGGUAUAUCUAGCUUGAAAGUUCUAGAUGUUUCAAAUAACAACUUAUGUGGUACAAUUCCUACUACUGGUCCAUUUGAGCACAUCCCAUUGAACAACUUUGAGAAUAACCCUCGGCUUGAAGGUCCCGAGCUGCUGGGGCUCGCGAGUUACGAUACGAACUGCUCUUAAUGAACUUUACUGGCAAACGGAUAUCGGACUUUGCUCCAAGUCUUGUGUGCCGAGUGGUGCUUUCUUUUCUUUCUUUUUUUUUUUCCUAAGUAUGUAAAAGUUGUGCUGCUGUCUUCUGAGAUGCCAACUAUUGUGAAACUUGUAACAGUUUACUAAUGUGAGUGAAUUGGACUUGAAGUAUGUAAUGUAUUUCAAUAUUUCAUGUUUUGAUUUUAAGUCUCCUGAUUAUUUAUGGAUUCCAUCAGUCUUAAAAGGUGUAAUUUACAAAAACUGUCCCUGAUGAGGUUAAUUAUGGAAAAAAGAACACUACAUUCUUG